AUGUUUUUUAGUACAACGCGGCGGUUAAGUCUUGCGGGCACUGCAGUCUGGCGCCAGCGGCAGCAGCAGUCGUCUUCGCUGGCGCGACGCAUACAAAUCGCCGUCGUUGGCAGUGGCCCGAGCGGGUGUUACGUGGCGCGCCUCUUGACGAAGCAGCGCGACGACAUUCACGUGGACGUGUUUGAGCGGUUACCGGUGCCCUUUGGUUUGUGCCGCUAUGGCGUAGCCCCCGACCACCCGGAGGUGAAAAAUGUUGAACACCAGUUUCUUGACAUGUUCAAGAGCGGCCGGGUGACGUGGAUUGGCAACGUUGCGAUCGGCAAGGACAUCUCCAUUGAGACACUGCUGCACCACUACACGGCAGUGGUGGUCGCAACAGGCGCGGAUGCCAGCCGCAAGCUGCACAUCCCUGGUGAGGAGCUCGGCGGCGUCGUCAGUGCCGGGGACUUUGUGCGGUACUACAACACCUACCCCUUCCCGCAUGGUUCGCCGAGGUUUUGUCCGUUUGACCUUGCGACCGCGCGAGAGGCGGUCAUCGUCGGCAAUGGCAACGUGGCGCUGGACUGCGCGCGCGUCCUGGCGGCCUCUUACAAAUACUUCUGUGAGACGGACAUGAACUGUGUGGCGAUUAGGGAGCUCAUGAAGAACCAAAUUCGCCGUAUCAGCCUUGUGGCUCGUCGCGGCCAUGCCCAGAGCGCCUUUACCAUCGCCGAGUUUCGGGAACUGACACGGUUCCACGCCGACACGGUGCGGGUGGUAGUCGACCCGUUUGACUUGCAGGAGGCCCUGCGCAUGCCGGCAGAAAACCCCCGCGCGCGGAAGCGACUCCUCGAACUUGUCUCUCGCUUCACUGACACAAGCGGCGGCGGGGAUGAGGCGGUGGGCGAUGUGCCGGACGCGCCACCGGCGCCGCCUCUGCCAAAACACGCGCGCGGUCCAUGCGUUGUGCAUCUGCGCUAUCAUCUGACGCCUUUGCAGUUUUUGCCGCACCCCGACCGCAGCAACCACGUGGGCGCUGUCGUGUUCGAGCGCACUGACGUUGCCGCCGGGCAAAGCAGGAAGCCUUCGACGACCUUGACGCUUCCGUGCGAUGUCGCCAUCACGUCGGUGGGGUAUCGAUCCUAUGGGGUCCCCGGUGUCGCAUUUGAUGACGCACUUGGCGUCAUUCCGCACCAGCGUGGCCGUGUGACGGGGCAGCCGCGGCUGUACUGUGCAGGGUGGGUCAAGCGUGGGGCGAAGGGUGUCAUCGUGCAGGCUCUGAUGGAUGCACAGGAGACCGUGGCGUCGAUUUGUGAGGACCUGGACAACAAUGUCCUUCCCACAGGCGCCGCCAUUUCCCUCAGCAAGGCGGCGGACAGGGGAUUCUGCGGCAAGUACGGCCUAAUUGAAUAUUUUGUGGAGAAGCGGCUGGAGCCUGUUUCUGUCGCUGGGCUGCAGCGCAUCUUCCACGUUGAGAAGGAACGCGGGAUUGAUCUCGGCAAGCGUCUGGAAAAGAUUGACAACGUGCGCGGGAUGUUGGAUGUUGCGCUCGGCGGCGACGUUGGAAAAAAAACCAACAAUGCCAUACGCGGCAUCACGAAUGAGCGCCCCGACACCCUGCUGUAUUUGAAUGAACUGCUGGAUGAGACGACAGACCUGGCACCGCUUGCGCGGCAGCUGGCGAAGGAGGUGCCCCCGCUCAUGGUGGCACAACACCCGCCGGGAGGGCUGCAUCCAUCGCAGCUAUAA